AUGGGAGUUAUUAAGAAGAGAACGGAUGACACAAUCACCACCACUGGCUUUACCCAAAUCCCCCCCUUUGCCCUCGAGAACCACUACAAGAAUACCGCAUCUUAUGAAAAAAAAAAGAAGAUAAUUACCCACACCCCAAUCAUGAUUGAAUCGUUUCAUCAUAUCAUGAAAACAAGAAUUAAUGAUUCUCCUUCUAGGCUGAUCCCUACAAUGGCUUACCAUUACUGUGUCUUCUUUCUCUCUCUAUGGAGCACUGUUACUCUAUUAUCUUCAGAAAGGAUAGUAGAUGGAACAAGAGACUCUCGAAGAAUUUGCUAUCGAGCUCUAAGUUGA